GCCGCGGCCCGGCCCGGCGGCUCCCUCCCCUCCCGCAGCCCCGCGCCUGCCCUCCCGCCGCACCGGGCUCCAGGGGGCCAGAGCUCUGCGGGGUGGGGGGAGGACAGGAGGGGAGGAGGAGGGAGGGGGGACCCCCGAGUCGCCCCCUCUCCUCCCCCCGCCCCCCCGGCUCCAUCCUCCGCCGCCGCCCGAGCAGCUGCGGGGCCGCCGCCGCCGCCGCCGCCGCCGCCGCCGCCUUUGCAGGUUGACCCCACUAUCUUGAAUUGGCUUGAGCUUCUUUUUAAAAGUGAGAGGAGAGCAUAUAUCACAUGAAUGAGAUGGCAUUGGAAUUAGAUGAAGGCUGAGUCAUCACUAGAGAGUGGGAAGGGCAGCAGCAGCAGAUAAAAACCCCAAAGCUGAUAUCACAAACUCCCAUUUCUCCAAGUUGGGGGCUAGCGGGGAGCCACCAUGAGCGAUGUGACCAUUGUGAAGGAAGGUUGGGUUCAGAAGAGGGGAGAAUACAUAAAAAACUGGAGGCCCCGCUAUUUCAUUCUGAAGACAGAUGGCUCGUUCAUAGGCUAUAAAGAGAAACCUCAAGAUGUGGACCUGCCUUAUCCCCUCAACAACUUCUCGGUGGCAAAAUGCCAGUUAAUGAAAACAGAACGACCAAAGCCAAACACAUUCAUUAUCAGAUGUCUCCAGUGGACCACUGUUAUAGAGAGAACAUUUCAUGUAGAUACUCCAGAGGAAAGGGAAGAAUGGACGGAAGCUAUUCAGGCCGUAGCAGACAGACUCCAGAGGCAAGAGGAGGAGAGGAUGAGUUGUUGCAGUCCAACCUCACAAAUUGAUAAUAUAGGGGAGGAGGAGAUGGAUGCUUCUGCAACCCAUCAUAAAAGAAAGACAAUGAAUGACUUUGACUAUUUGAAGCUACUAGGUAAAGGCACUUUUGGGAAAGUUAUUUUGGUUCGAGAGAAGGCAAGUGGGAAGUAUUACGCUAUGAAGAUUCUGAAGAAAGAAGUUAUUAUUGCAAAGGAUGAAGUGGCGCACACCCUCACCGAGAGCCGGGUACUGAAGAACACGAGGCACCCCUUCUUGACAUCCUUGAAAUAUUCCUUCCAGACAAAAGACCGUUUGUGUUUUGUGAUGGAAUAUGUCAAUGGGGGCGAGCUGUUUUUCCAUUUGUCGAGAGAGCGGGUGUUCUCCGAGGACCGCACGCGCUUCUACGGCGCGGAGAUCGUGUCGGCCCUGGACUACCUGCACUCGGGGAAGAUUGUGUACCGGGACCUCAAGUUGGAGAAUUUGAUGCUGGACAAAGAUGGCCACAUAAAAAUCACAGAUUUCGGACUCUGCAAAGAGGGGAUCACCGACACGGCCACCAUGAAGACCUUCUGUGGGACCCCGGAGUACCUGGCGCCAGAGGUGUUGGAAGACAACGACUAUGGCCGGGCCGUGGACUGGUGGGGCCUGGGCGUCGUCAUGUAUGAGAUGAUGUGUGGGAGGCUGCCCUUCUACAACCAGGACCACGAGAAGCUGUUCGAGCUGAUCCUGAUGGAAGACAUCAAAUUUCCUCGCACACUCUCCUCCGAUGCAAAAUCACUGCUAUCAGGGCUCUUGAUAAAGGAUCCAAAUAAACGCCUUGGCGGAGGACCAGAUGAUUCAAAAGAAAUUAUGAGACACAGUUUCUUCUCUGGAGUAAACUGGCAAGAUGUAUAUGAUAAAAAGCUUGUACCUCCUUUUAAGCCUCAAGUAACAUCUGAGACAGAUACCAGAUAUUUUGAUGAAGAAUUUACAGCUCAGACUAUUACAAUAACACCACCUGAAAAAUACGAUGAGGACGGCAUGGACAACGAGAGCCGGCCGCACUUCCCUCAGUUCUCCUACUCGGCGAGCGGCCGCGAGUAGGCCCCGUGCUGCUGCGUGGCUGUCGCCUGAGACUCACCCCGAGAACGGCUGCGGGACGCCGGACAGUCCCGGCUCCUCACACCGCAGGCGCCUCCGGACAUCCCGACCGGCCCCGGCCUCGCCCUCGCCACCUCCACCCACCUGAGAACACACAUAUACGCAAAUACACUCGACUUUUUGUUUUUUUGCAUGAAAUUGUAUCUCAGUCUAAGGUCUCAUGCUGUUGCUGCUGCUGUCUUACUCUUAUAGCAACUUUCAGAGGUCACCUCACCGCCCCGGGAAGUCAUGAGCCCACGCCAUCCAUCCGCGCCCGGCUGUCGCCUUCUUGUCUCUCAGUUGUGGUUCUUCCCCGGCAGCGGAGGGUAAAUGAGAUACACUGACACUAGGUACAUUUUGUUUUUAACUCUCUAGCAGCUAAAUCAGAAACUAAUCAGCCCAAGAAGAUGUAGUGUGUAAUCCAGAACGAGCGAUUGUGGAGGGGUGGCGGUGUGGGGCGCCGGUUUCGGGAAAGCCCGGUUGCAGAGCCUAAACAGCUGUCGGCCGCGGCCACCUGGCCGGCGCUCGUUAGGAAGAUUUGCAAGGACCGCACGACGGGUGAGACGUGGCCUCUCUCGGUGCCUGCAUCCACAUUCCUGCUGGAUCCUGUGGAGGAAGCCUGGGGCUCCGCGUGGACGUCUCGACCUCCCAGGCAGUCAUGGCAAAGGAACGUGGAAGGAAGGAAGCAGAUGCACAGCUGAGUUCAAGGUCAUGCCCAGGUCGCCGAUAGGAUCGGCACCCGGAGAGCAUUGCUUCCCUGGAGCUGGGAAACCGUUCUCCAUUCCACCAUUGCUCGCCUCUGAUGGCUGAAGAAUGUAGACCGGUAUCACGAUCCUGCUUUUCACCAAAACGUGCCCCCCGAGGGCAGCGGGCGUUGGCCGUGUGUGUUUGCCUUUUCCGUUUCCGUUCCGCGUGAGUCGGCUUUUCCUCGGAUGUUAGAACUCUGAAUGUCCUUUUGUGACUUUGUUUCUCUCGCAGUAGUAUUUAUUUUUUAGUGACGAGAAUUGUAUGUCGCGUUAGCAAAUGCAGCUCCAACCUAACACAGAGUAGACAGACGUCCUGCCGUUCCUUUUGACCCACGUGCAAGGGAUGUACCCGCCGACAGGACUCCCGCGCCUGCUCUCCUUGGUGAGACGAUUUUGACGCGGCUCCGAAACGGAACUGGUUUGGUUAGAAUCUGGCUUUGGGAGAAGAGCUGCUGUCCUCUAACCCCUUGGUGCUAAGAAUGAGAACGUGCCCAGCUUGCCCACGCCAAGGGGUUCCUGACCCACGCCGGGGUGAUGUCUGCUCAUCUGAGAAGGGAGGUGUUAGGACGGCCAGGCCACCAAGGCAAAGACAGACACGGAGACGGGAGUGACGAUAAGUGAACCUGCUCGGCCGAACGAACACAUCGCAGGUCCUGGCGAAGGAGGCAGGUAGCGCUGAGAGCCUGGUGUGUUUAUUCUGAUCGUGGUACAUUUGUCACCGAAUUAAGCCAUCAGGGAAACAAACACAAAAGGGACAGCUCCAGCCGUCCUCUUUCUGUAUAUACUCCUGUCCCCACGCUGCACCGCUCCCCCGGCGGGUGUGUAUGCAAACCUCAUCUUCCUCCUCCAUUGACGACGAUCUUCAGACUAAACCCUUUGGUGCUAGGAGCUGACGAUUUCCAAAGCAGCCGACGAGACCCAGGGCGGGGCCUCCCGGGGCGAUCACGGAGGUGAUUUCAGUUCAGCUCUCGGAGCGCUCCCGCGUGGAAGACCGCAGUGUGACGUAGGCUGGU